UCACCUACACGGUCCAUACACUUAGGCACCAUUAGUUGGUCCCAACUCUGCAUCCACUCCAUCUCCCAUGGCCAAUUUUGAGAUCACUCAAUACGAGGGUGCACUUGUGGAGAACACCAAGAUCAGCUUCCGCAACUUGUACUUGCGCCGGUUCUCUUCAGGACCAGAGAAGAACCAGUUAGUGCUAAUAGACGGGUAUGGUUCAACUGAUCUUGGGCUUACUGCCGCCAACAACUGGGCAAUAUAUGAUGGCACCGGUCCGGAUGCAAAGCUGGUUGCCCAUGCACAAGGUCUGCAGACCAACGUUGCAGGCAACUGGUACAACUCAUUCGUCAUGGUGUUUGAGAUUGAGAGGUUCAAGGGGUCCACGCUUGAGAUAAUGGGAGCAACAGUCGAGAAAGAAGGCGAGUGGGCAAUUGUCGGUGGAACGGGUGGCUUUGCAAUGGCUCGUGGUAUCAUCCAGAGAAAAGUACAUGAAAAGAGAGCUGAUGGAGAAAUACUAGAGCUUACCAUCGACGCAUUCUACCGCAUGAAGAUGGAGGUGAGCCUACUAUUCCAUUAUGCUCUUGUUUACUUGCACUUCCACACUAUAUACUACUAGUCGUGAACCUGUGCGAAUGCAGACAGUUUGAUUUCUACAACUGAUCAAGUUUGGUGAGAAAAAAACUAUUGGUCCCACUAGAUUGUUGUCUCUUUUUUCUUUCCUGUUUUCUACUGACUAACAUGGGAAUUUCCUGGUGUCUAGUACAAGAUGUCUAGAACGACAUGUUGGAUCCACAGCAGGAUGUCUGAUGACUCCGUUGUGGCAAUUAUCAAUGGAGAGGUCGUCAUGACCAACGCCAACCGGAGUGACGAACGUCAGGCAAGGAUUUCUGUCUAUCUAAGUUUCUGCAAACCGGUGUACAGUGUAUUCACAUCUGAUCCCCUGUUUUAUUUCAUGUAGCUCUGGUGGAAGCACCUUAUAUACGAGGAUGGCCUCAAGGAUGAGGCAGGCAACCCAGGGUUUGUGCUGGUGAACAAAGGCACCGGAGAUGCAUUGAAGCACCCUCCUAUGGACCCCAGUCGCUGGGUAAGCCAUUUUGUUUCAGAUACUGGCUCUUGUGCUCAAUGAGAUAUGUCUGCUCAUUUCUUCCGGCCCAUAUCAGAUCGAAACCAUCAAGUUCGAUCAAGCGCAUCUGGACGAGUCAAUCCAGUGGGCCGAGAGCGGGGACCUGGGCGCUGGUUUUCGCCAAAUCUAUAGGAUCAACAAAAUUGACUACCACUUAAAUGCGUAUGGCGGGUCUGCACAAGAGGGCACACGGCUCCAACUCUAUCCGGCGAAUGGCCAAAUUUUUAAUAAUGAGCUUUGGAAGAUCACCCCCGUAGAGUGACGCGCCAAAGCUUUACUGAUCAGUUUGGUUGCACUGUUUCAUCAAAUUAUCUUUUUCGUUUUCAAGUUAAAUAUAUUGUUGGCAGUAGUGUCUGUUUCAAUAAUAUUUUCACAUCAGAAGCUGUGGGGCUUGAGAGCCAUAUCUUGUUCCCAACUUCCGAUUAUCUUUAGUUCAUGCUCAUCUUCCGUCUCAA